CUUUCUCUGUGUUCAACAACACCAAGGGUCUUCUACCUCUUCGCGACUCUCAACAGCUCGGUCUCCUGCUGAGCCCUUUAAUCUUCUGACGAGCCAGACAGCCAAGUUCAACUCUUGACAAUUAAAGCAAAGUCACCAUGUCUAAAUCACAAUCUGCCUUUCUCAGGGAAUACAAACUCGUCGUUGUCGGCGGUGGUGGUGUUGGUAAAUCAGCGCUUACAAUCCAACUGAUACAGUCACACUUUGUCGACGAGUACGAUCCAACAAUAGAAGAUUCUUACAGGAAGCAAUGUGUGAUUGAUGAUGAAGUAGCACUGCUCGAUGUUCUCGACACGGCAGGACAAGAAGAGUACUCUGCCAUGCGGGAGCAGUACAUGCGUACGGGUGAAGGUUUCCUCCUCGUCUACAGCAUCACCUCGCGUUCUUCCUUUGAGGAAAUUGUCACGUUUCAACAGCAAAUUCUUCGUGUCAAGGAUAAAGAUUACUUCCCGGUAAUUGUUGUUGCCAAUAAGAGUGAUCUCGAGGGUGAACGACAAGUAUCGCAGCAAGGACGCGAUCUCGCUAAACAAUUUGGAUGCCGGUUUGUUGAGGCGAGUGCAAAGCAACGCGUCAAUGUCGAUGAGGCCUUCUACAACCUUGUUCGGGAGAUUCGCAGAUACAACAAGGAACAAUCUGGUGCAAACAAGGCAGCACUGAAUGGACUCGGUCGGCAGCAGAUGGAGUUGGAUGACUCCAAGUCACAAGGUUGUCAUUGUGUCAUUCAGUGAUUCAUGUUUUUAAACUCUUUUUUUUGGGAGCUUUGGAAGGGGGAUGGGCUCAUCACAUGCUUCCUGUUCUGUGAAAUUUGCUUUCAGAAACACACACACGCACACGCACACACGAAAGAG